GUAGCAACAAUGUCUGAAGCCAUCUACCCAUCAGGAUGCGUCUACGACUGGAUCCCAAAGGAGCAAGAAGAAAUUAAAAAACCACCAAGAUAUGUAUCCAAGUUCAGGCCAGCUAUAAUUCUUGAGGAGAAGCUAAACAAAGAUGCAAAGAAGACUAUGGGACCACCAAAAGUGGAAUUGCCGUCUCCGGAUAAGUACCAAAAACACUCGAAGCAACCCAAACCACCUGAGAGUAAGCCUUUUGGCACAGAGUCCGAUGAUGGACAUAAGCCUCGGACCUGCACAGUGAGGAAGCCAACGGUCCCUCGGCGGACCGAGAAACCGCUGAUGGGGAUCCAAACCAAAAGGGAUUUCCUCCAGACUACUGAUGUUUCCAUGAAGCCUAAGGCCAUUUCUGUUGACACAAAGAAAGGACACAAACAGCUCCUGGAAAACUCUGGACUUGUUCCUAAAUACGUUAUGAAAAAGGAUUACGGUGAAGUCCCGACGUAUCUGCAGCUGCGCAGUGAAGCCGAGCGGAAGGCCCGGGAGGAGGACCAGACCCUGGCGCGGGAGCAGAAUGUGCUGGAGCGGCUAACGGAGGAGGAUCACCAGGCCGUCCUGAAGGGCCUGAAGAAGAAGUGGGAUGAACUCCACUGUGAAUAUCAGGGCCUUCUCCUCAUCGACACGCCGUCCAAGAAAACCCGGAAGAUCCGCCUGGAGGAGAAGAUGAGUCAACUGGAGAAGGACAUCAGCUUCUUUGAAAGGUUCAAAACCAUUUUUAUUUACGACGAUUAGGGACGAAUGGUUUUGAUUGCUAAAUCUCACCAGUGGAGGGAGUUGCUGUAGAAAAUUGUUGUGUGUGAAUUUUCAAAGUAGCUUUAACAAAUUAUAUUGACUCCCAAUAUUGAGUUGAGAUAACUGUGGUUACAUUCACACAGCAGGGAAACCCGACCCGUAUCCAACUUUUUCAGUCAGAACAGAAUCAGUUUUUUUCUACUUUCAUGCUUUGUAAUAAUUUGGAUUCUGAUUGUUUUCAAACUGUCUGCAGUUUGGACAGUCAUGACACAUUUUACUUGACGUUCAUGUCAUUGAUGACUGUAAAUUGUGAUUAUGAAAGAAGAAGUCAGAGCUUCAUGUCGCAGUCACACCUUGGCUUUGAUUAUGAAUCUAAACAUACUUCAAAAAGCCGUUUCUGUUAGCUAUGUUUUCUUUUUAUGAGUUUCCUUCAUGUUUCUUAAUAUGACUAUGUGAUAUUCUCAGCUGUUAAAAAGACACUAUUAUGUAAAACCAACUUUUUUGAGCUUUAAAUCAUGUUAAAAUGUCAUUCCUUCAUCAAAAACAUGGAUUAUUGCUUUGAUUCUUUCAUUCAUGUUUGAGAAA